AUGCGGCUCAAUGCUGAUAUCAAAAUAAUCGGUAAACAAGUUGUUCUUGUACCGUAUGAAAAAUGUCAUGUGAAUAAAUAUCACAAAUGGAUGGAGAAUGACGAGUUACGACGACAGACUGCAUCCGAGAGAUUAUCUCUUGAGGAAGAAUAUGAAAUGCAACGAAGUUGGAGAGAAGAUGACGACAAAUGUACAUUCAUUAUCCUCAGUCAAAGUCUUCUCGACCAGUACAAGGAUGAGAUCAGCUCUAUGAUAGGCGAUGUGAAUAUUUUUCUGCAUGACGGAGUGGGUGAACUGGAAAUCAUGAUUGCUGAAAGCGAAUGGCGAGGGCAUGGCAUUGCGAAGGAAUGUGUUGCAUUAAUGAUCCGAUACGCGUAUGAUCAUAUACACAUCAACAAAUUCCAGGUGAAAAUUUCCGAAGACAACGCAGUAAGUAUUGCAAUGUUUCAAAAGCUGGGCUUCGAACAGACUGCGUACAGUAAAGUUUUUAAAGAGUAUACGUUCGACUUACAUCCGUCUAAACUCCUUGAUAUUAUUAGUGACGUUCAUUUGAACAUUCAUCCAUAUCAGCUAUUGACCAACAAAAUCUCGCAAGAAAAUAGAAACACGAAGGAAAUGAACUCUUCGGAAACAAAUUAUUCAACGAAGUAG